AUGAAAAGGAGCAAUGAUAUGGCCGAACUAAUUGGUCUCCUUCAAACAAAAACUAAGAGAAGUGCUACAUUGAAAUUUAACAAAUUUGAAAAUGAACAACAAGCACGGUUGGAAGAAGCUAGGAAAAUGAUCGAUGGUGAAAAUGGAAUUAUAGCCGCAUGGGCUAUAGAAAUGGAAGCAAUUACAUUUACUGCAAAAAGAAAGAUUGAUGAUCGAUUAGAACAAGAGAAUGAAUAUAUUAAGAAACUGAAACUCGAGCUUGAGAGAUAUCAGUUGAGCACCACAAAAGUAUUAGAUAACCUCACGAAGCUUCAUAAACAAUGUCAAAAGUUAGGGCGGGAUCUUGAUAACGAUCUGAAGAAAUUAUAUGCGAUCGACGAAGCUGAAUUAAAUGAAGCGUUAGAACAAUUUAUUAACCAGCAAAACCAUGUUCAUUCAGAAUUAUUGCAUAUAAACAAGGAAGAUCAUGAUAUGAAAGCAAUUAAAAAGCGGUUAUAUGAGUGGUAA